GCUAGCUCAUGUAAUGUUCUCCUCACGUCUGCCUGGAAAUACCACAAUGCUUCUCUACGACCACAGGAUAAGAAAUUCACAGGAUGACUGACAUUACUGAACUCCACCAAGCAGCAGCUCUCGGGGAUUAUGAUUUGGUCUCUGAGAUAAUGAAAAAAGGUCUCCAUGACCCAAAUCAUAAAGAUAUUGACUGGAACGACAGGACCGCUCUGCACUGGGCAGCAGCCAAAGGGCAAUCAGACACAGUGAAACUGUUGGUGGAUUAUGGGGCCCGGCCCUGCCUGAGGACGGACACCGGCUGGACACCAGCACAUUUUGCUGCAGAGUCAGGAAAGCUCAGCGUCCUGCGCACCCUCCACUCUUUACAUGCUCCUAUUGAUGCUGCGGACAUUCAUGGAGACUCCCCCAGAAGAAUCGCAGAGAUUUACGGCCAUAAAGACUGCGUCAAGUUUCUGGAGACGGCUGAAGUAGAAUGCAGAGAUUACCGUUUGGCCGCAGCACUGGAGGGUAACCCCUUGGAUGAGUUGGAUGAAGACUGGGAGGCCAAAAAGUCAGAGUUUCUAAAAUCCCAACUCAGUGUUAAAACUAAGCACACCAGGACUAAGCUCGAAAAACUUUCUCCAAGGCCGAGGUUUAUCCAGCAAUGUUGUCAGGCACACACAAGAAAGUCAUUGCAUCCGUCAUAUAUGUGCGAGCAAAAUAAACCCUCAAAGCAUUGAAAAAAUGUACUAUUUCUACUUCAGAGACGUAGGAACUAGAACACUGAUACGUGCUAUUCCACUCUUCUCCACCAGGUGGAGAUAUCAACACAUAUGUUGUGUCUCAGUACUGAUUGCAGAUCUUUACACAACCAGAAUUA